AUGUCACCCUUCUCCCGCAUGGCCCGCAUGCUCCUCAUCCUGCACUCCCUCGUCAACAUGGCCCUCGGCGCAUACAGCUUCGUCAACACGCAAGAAUACGCCGCCAUCACCGGUGUAGAAGCUUCGGAUCGGGCCUUGCAAUCAAUCGGCCUCAGUACCAUAGCAGUGGGAUGGUACCAACUCAUUUUCACGCUGCAGGGAAACAGGCGUAUGAUGGCAUCUAUGAUACCGCUGAGAUGCGGGUUUGCUGCCGUCAUGUCCAUGUGGGAUAAGACGCCGCUGGUGCUGUAUGAGCUUUGUGUGGUGUGGUUUUGUUUGCUUGCAAUCUUUGCAUAG